UGCGUCAUGUACAGGCGCCGAGGCGCUGGUUUGGCGCGCGCGCUCUAAACAGUGGGUCAAACUCGGGUCUUGGGUUUUCUCUCCUUCUAGGUUUUUUACUUUUUCCGGACGGCGGUGUCUCGAAUUUUCGAGAUGCCGUCUUUUUUGCUGGGCUCAGCAAUGCCGGCUUCUGCGUCGGCUGCGGCCCUGCAGGAAGCUCUGGAAAAUGCGGGGCGGCUCAUCGACCGUCAGUUGCAAGAGGACCGCAUGUACCCAGACCUUUCCGAGCUCCUCAUGGUGUCUGCCCCAAACCAUCCCACUGUUUCUGGUAUGUCAGAUAUGGAUUAUCCUCUGCAAGGACCUGGUUUGCUGUCGGUACCCAACCUUCCAGAAAUAAGUUCCAUCAGAAGAGUUCCUCUCCCACCUGAACUUGUUGAACAGUUUGGACAUAUGCAGUGUAACUGCAUGAUGGGUGUGUUCCCUCCUAUCAGCAGAGCUUGGCUCACAAUUGACAGUGACAUAUUCAUGUGGAACUAUGAAGAUGGAGGAGACCUUGCCUAUUUUGAUGGACUUAGUGAAACUAUUCUUGCUGUUGGGCUUGUGAAACCAAAAGCUGGCGUUUUUCAACCUCAUGUACGACACCUUCUGGUUUUGGCAACCCCUGUGGACAUAGUCAUCCUUGGACUCAGCUAUGCUAAUUUGCAAACAGGUUCUGGAGUUCUUAAUGACAGUAUGUGUGGUGGAAUGCAGUUGCUUCCAGAUCCUUUAUAUUCUCUUCCCACUGAUAAUACUUACCUUUUAACAAUAACUUCCACUGAUAAUGGCAGAAUUUUCUUGGCUGGAAAGGAUGGCUACUUAUAUGAAGUAGCAUACCAAGCAGAAGCAGGUUGGUUUAGCCAAAGAUGUAGGAAAAUAAACCACUCAAAGAGCUCAUUUUCCUUCCUUCUUCCUUCAUUACUACAAUUCACAUUCUCAGAGGAUGAUCCUAUUGUUCAAAUCGCAAUUGAUAACUCUAGAAAUAUUUUAUAUACACGAUCUGAGAAAGGAGUAAUACAGGUUUAUGAUUUGGGCCAUGAUGGACAAGGAAUGAGCAGAGUUGCUUCAGUAUCACAGAAUUCUAUUGUUUCUGCUGCUGGAAACAUUGCUAGAACCAUAGAUCGUUCUGUUUUUAGACCAAUUGUUCAAAUAGCUGUGAUUGAAAAUUCUGAAUCACUGGACUGUCAGUUACUGGCCAUCACACAUGCAGGUAUAAGAUUAUAUUUCAGCACUUGUCCAUUCAGACAGCCAUUUGCACGACCUAAUACAUUGACACUGGUUCACAUCCGCUUACCUCCUGGAUUCUCAGCAUCUUCAACAGUGGAAAAGCCUUCAAAAGUACAUAAAGCUCUUUAUAGUAAAGGUAUUCUAUUGAUGACAGCUUCUGAAAAUGAAGAUAAUGAUAUUUUGUGGUGUGUCAACCAUGAUACUUUUCCUUUCCAAAAGCCAAUGAUGGAAACCCAGAUGACGACCCGUGUUGAUGGUCAUUCCUGGGCUCUUUCUGCCAUAGAUGAAUUGAAAGUAGAUAAAAUAAUUACACCCUUAAAUAAGGAUCAUAUUCCAAUAACUGACUCACCAGUUGUUGUACAGCAGCACAUGUUGCCGCCAAAGAAAUUUGUUCUCCUCUCAGCACAGGGGAGUCUUAUGUUUCAUAAACUUAGACCUGUAGAUCAACUGAGGCAUCUAUUUGUGAGUAAUGUGGGUGGAGAUGCAGAAGAGAUUGAAAGAUUCUUUAAAUUACAUCAGGAAGACCAGGCAUGUGCAACUUGCCUUAUCCUUGCUUGUUCCACUGCUGCCUGUGACAGAGAAGUAUCGGCUUGGGCAACUCGGGCUUUCUUCAGGUACGGUGGUGAAGCACAGAUGAGAUUUCCAACCACUCUCCCUGCUUCAAGUAAUGUUGGUCCCAUCUUGGGGUCUCCUGUCUAUGCUAGCUCUCCUAUUCCUAGUGGCAGUACAUAUCCAAAUCCAUCCUUUUUGGGAACACCCUCUCAAGGUGUACAUCCUUCUGCCAUGUCAACUCCACUGGUUACAGGAAGCCCAGCAGCUCAAGUCACAAGUAUGAGUUGUAUGCCUGGACCAGAGAUUGUAUAUUCUGGAAAACACAAUGGUAUUUGCAUUUACUUUUCUCGAAUCGUGGGAAAUAUUUGGGAUGCUAGCUUAGUUGUGGAGAGAGUAUUCAAGAGUGGCAACAGAGAGAUCACUGCAAUUGAAAGUAGUGUACCCUCGCAACUACUGGAGUCAGUACUACAAGAAUUAAAGGGUUUGCAAGAAUUUCUAGACAGAAACUCCCAAUUUGCAGGAGGACCAUUAAGAAAUCCAAAUACUACUGCCAAAGUGCCACAGAGGCUGGUAGGACUUACACGUCCUGAAAAUGGAAAUGCACAACAAAUGCAACAGGAGCUGCAGAGGAAGUUUCAUGAGGCUCAACUGAGUGAAAAGAUUUCACUUCAGGCAAUACAGCAGUUGGUUCGAAAAUCAUACCAGGCUCUGGCUUUAUGGAAACUUCUGUGUGAGCAUCAAUUCACUGUCAUUGUAGGAGAACUUCAGAAGGAAUUUCAAGAGCAGUUGAAAAUCACCACCUUUAAAGAUCUCGUAAUCAGGGACAAGGAACUGCCUGGGGCAUUAAUUGCUUCUCUUAUCAACUGCUACAUCAGAGAUAAUGCUGCUGUUGAUGGCAUUAGUUUACACUUACAGGAUAUCUGCCCACUUCUGUAUAGCACCGAUGAUGCAGUUUGUUCUAAGGCAAAUGAACUUCUCCAGCGUUCCCGACAAGUUCAAAAUAAAAUUGAAAAGGAAAAGAUGUUAAGGGAAUCAUUAAAGGAAUAUCAAAAAAUCAGCAAUCAAGUGGACCUUUCUAACGUUUGUGCUCAGUAUAGACAAGUGCGUUUUUAUGAAGGUGUAGUGGAGCUCUCUCUUACUGCUGCAGAGAAAAAAGAUCCUCAGGGUCUUGGGCUUCAUUUCUAUAAACAUGGGGAACCAGAAGAAGACAUUGUGGGACUUCAGGCUUUCCAAGAAAGAUUAAACAGUUACAAGUGUAUUACAGAUACACUUCAAGAACUGGUAAAUCAAAGUAAGGCUGCUCCUCAGUCUCCCAGUGUACCCAAGAAACCUGGGCCUCCCGUGUUGUCAUCUGACCCCAAUAUGCUAAGUAAUGAAGAAGCAGGACAUCAUUUUGAACAAAUGCUUAAAUUGUCUCAACGAUCUAAAGAUGAGCUCUUUAGUAUUGCUCUUUAUAAUUGGCUAAUACAAGCUGAUCUUGCAGAUAAGUUGCUUCAGAUUGCUUCUCCAUUUCUGGAGCCACAUCUAGUCCGAAUGGUCAAAAUUGAUCAAAACAAAGUCCGCUAUAUGGAUUUACUCUGGAGGUAUUAUGAGAAGAACAGAAGCUUUAGUAAUGCUGCUCGUAUCCUGUCCAAAUUGUCUGACAUGCAUAGCACAGAAAUUUCACUUCAACAGCGACUAGAGUACAUUGCUCGAGCCAUUCUUAGUGCUAAAAGCUCCACCGCUAUUUCAUCAAUAGCUGCAGAUGGUGAAUUCCUUCAUGAAUUAGAAGAAAAAAUGGAAGUUGCUAGGAUCCAACUCCAGAUACAAGAGACACUACAAAGGCAAUAUUCCCAUCAUUCUUCUGUACAGGAUGCCAUUUCUCAGCUGGAUUCUGAAUUAAUGGACAUAACUAAGCUUUAUGGGGAAUUUGCUGACCCAUUUAAACUUGCAGAGUGUAAACUUGCAAUAAUUCAUUGUGCUGGUUAUUCAGACCCUAUAUUGGUGCAGACACUUUGGCAAGAUGUCAUAGAAAAAGAAUUGAAUGAAAGUGUGUCACUGAGCUCCCCAGAUAGAAUGCAUGCUCUUAGUCUCAAGAUUGUACUCCUUGGCAAAAUUUAUGCUGGCAUGCCUCGCUUCUUUCCUUUAGAUUUUAUUGUGCAGUUCUUAGAACAGCAAGUUUGUACUUUGAACUGGGAUGUGGGGUUUGUAAUACAGACAAUGAAUGAAAUUGGAGUGCCGUUACCUAGACUACUAGAAGUAUAUGAUCAUUUGUUCAAGUCACGGGAUCCAUUCUGGAACAGAAUGAAGAAGCCACUCCACCUUUUGGAUUGUAUACAUGUACUAUUAACAAGAUAUGUUGAGAAUCCUAACCAAGUUUUAAAUUGUGAGAGGAGAAGAUUUACAAAUCUCUGCCUGGAUGCUGUUUGUACUUAUCUGGUUGAACUCCAGUCUAUGAGCUCUUCACUAGCAGUACAAGCCAUCACAGGAAAUUUUAAAUCUCUUCAGGCUAAACUAGAACGGCUUCAUUAAUUAUUGUAAUGUAUUUUUCAUCUGUGCAUUUUGACCUGUAAAAUAAAAACUCAGCUGGGUCCAGAUACAGGUGCUCUAAAUCUAAGAAUUUAAGAAAGUUUUAAUAGAAUUGUGUUUUUAAUAAGUGGCUAAUAUCUACAAACAGUACAUUUGCCAAGUGAAUUCUUUUUUACUACUACUAUUUUAGGGUUUUUUUGUAAUUAGUUUAAAAAAUAACCAAAAUAAUAUUAUUUAUGAUGCAGGAUAAAAGGUAUUUAGAAACUCUUAUUUUGAAUUUUACUGCAGCAGAAAUUUUCAAUUUAUAUUAUUCAUUUUCAAGUUAGUCCAAACAUAUUGAUACCAAAACUUAAAUCGUCUAGCCAAGCAGAUCCAUUGCCAUAAUACCAGAUUCAACAGUAAUCCUUAAGUAGGCAAAUAAACACUGUGUCUUUUUAAAAAAUGUCUAGGUUUUCAAUUCAUUCUUGAAAAGAAAGUUCUUCCGAUUACUAAUUUUGUCAGUUACUAUCCUUGAAGAUUAAUAUGUACCUGGUUGUUUUUAGAGCAGGUGAUAAACUUUUGAGUAAUGUUUUACCUCCUAAAAACCUGUACAGGGAGAUACUGUUUUCUCUUAGCAUCUACCUAGCUCUUUGGCCUUGUGACUGCAGAUUCCAUUAGAGCGGUGAUCCCCAAAGCGUGCGCACCAGCCCAGCAUAUCAGCAUCACCUGGGGAUUUGCUCCCCAUCUGAUUUCUCCCCUCCCUCCCUUAUCAGUAAAGUAACCACAACACAAAGUUGUACUCAAGGUGCACACUAUACAAAGCAAAAUCAUUGGUAAUUUAGUUUUUAGUGUUCAAAAAAACUGGAAUAACUAAACCAAGUGCCCCAAAGUCAUGGCAACAGUGAGGGAAGAGAAGAGUGUGAAUGACCAGGGCUAACAAAAAAGCAAGAACAUGGACUGCUUUCUUCUCACCUUUUAAGCUUAUUAAGAAAAAUUGCUGCCUGCCUAUUGUCACUCAUGCAUGUCUGACAGUUUUUCAAAUACAUUUUGAAAAUAUUUUUCCUACUUUUAUGUUUUCACAAGGCCAUGGUUGCCCUUUACAUGUUUAUAUAUAAUCUUUUGAAUUAAAGUAUUUAAUAGAAUGUCAAAAUAUCAUUCAUUAGAUAUCACUACCUCAUAUUUUCCAGCUUUUCAAUUCCUUAAGUUUAGUUUUUUUGAAUAUAUAAAAUGAAUGUGCACCAUGUAUUGUUAAUUCUGUAAAUUUAAAAUUCUGUCGUCUACUUAAAAUGAAAGUUUUCCUUAAAUGCUGUAAUGUAACCAUGACUUCAGUUCUUCUAGAUGUAUGCACAUAUAUAUAUAUAUGUUUUAAGCAGUUACAUAGAAGCACAUUAAUAUGUAUGUUAAAGAUACUCAGCUCAGAAUACUGAAGCUACAUCUUUCAAAAGGGCUGUAGGCUGUGUGGCUAAAUGUUCCUUAGGAGUCAGAAACCUGAACUCUGUCCAUUUUAUUCACAUAACACCUUUUGAAAGGGUUAAGAAUUUCAGCCACACAGCAUAUGUUUUCAGUGUCUUGGAGAGUAAGAGCUAAGAGAAAUUAGGUCCCCUCCUUCAUAACAGUGUUUCUAAAACUUAAACAUUCCUAAGAAUCACCAGGAUAGCCUGUUGAAACAGAUGUUCCACCUCCAAAGUGAUGCGGAUACUGGUGGUCAGUAAGUCAAACUUGGAGUAGCAUUGUUCUCCAGCACAUUUAUCUACUGCAUUAGUAUACUUUGUACUUGGUGUUCACUCAACACAUUUCUUUAUAGUGACUUAUAUAGGCAACAAAUAAUAAACAGAACAUUGUUUAUGAAAUAGUGCAUUCAUUAUAGACGGGUCACUGAAGGUCUUGAUUGUAACAUAUUUCUGCGUUAGGUAGAUCAUUUAAGUUUGGCAAAAUGGUUAGGAAAGAAGAGAAAAUCUAUUUUGAGUAUGCAAGAUAUGGGAUAUUGACCCUGAAAAGCAUAUGAUACAUGUUCAGCAUUUCUCUAAUUAUAAGAUACCUGACUCACUAGUGACUUAUUCAUUGAACACCUCUCUACUAACCACAUAAACUUCCUCCACUUUAUUGUUUUAUAGUUAAUCACAUCUCGUGACUCACAGAUCACUCAUUCCUUCUCAGUAUACUUCCCACUUCCACCUUUAUCAUAGUCAUAUCAAGGAAAUGAAGAACUGAAUAUAAAGGUCUUAAAGGAGCACAGUUUCCUUUCAUAUGUAUUUUCCUUGUAAGGAGAUCGGAGCUAAAUGACUUUAAAUCCAAAAAUUUGUAAGAACUAAUAUAAUCAAUUUUUUAUUCAGUUUGUCCUGUUCAAAUAUUAAAGUAGUUUCAGUGCUAUUUUUACUUCCUUAUUUCAAAUAAAUAUAAUUUCUACUGAAUUA